CGGUUUGGCUUUGAAGCGAUAGCAUUCAUUAAUUACUCCGAGGGGGGGGGAGACCGGAACUAAAAGCCAUCUCUCGCCGGAAAGUUCAUCACUUUUAUCUUUUACUUCAAUCCAAAACGACAGCCAUGAGGUCGUUGGUUCGAAUCCGAUAGCUAUCAAAAGGCCAUGGAUUUAAUCAGAAGCUUCUGGAGGAAGCACAGAAAGAAGAUUCUUGUGACAACAACUUGUUUGGGAAGUGGUUAUUUGCUUUACAAACUAUACAACGCCCACACUCGUAGCCUCGCCGACUUGGAGCGUGAACUCGCCGAAGAGCGUCACAAUGACGCAAUCAUCAAAACCCAAAUGAAGGCUCAUUUCGAGAACAUUCAGAUGAUCGCUGAUGUAACUACAUUGCCUCACGCGUUGCGUCGCUUGAGUAGCCGCAUUGCUGAGGAGAUCCAUGUGUCUGGUGUUAUGGAGACGUUAAGUAAAGGAAAAGGAACUUUGGUUCCUUCUGAGAAGCUUUAUCUUUGGAACGAGCUCAAGAUUUUGAGUUUCACUAGAAUGGUUUUGUCUUUGUGGUCAGUUACUAUGCUUAGUUUGUACAUUAGAGUUCAAGUCAACGUUCUGGGAAGACACUUGUACAUCGAUACUGCUAGAGGUCUUACAACCUCCCAUUUACUUGAAGAGUUAGAUCUGAUAGAUAGAGAGGAGGAGAAAAAGUUUCUGACAAGUGCUGAUUAUCUUGCAACCAAUGGCAUGCCGAGUUUGAUUUCCGAUAUGAAGAGAGCAGUGAAAGAAGUUCUCAAAGGAAAGCAGUUAAAAGAUGUGUUAACCACCAGAACUCUUGAAGAAACUGUGAUUCGGAUUCUUGAUGUGUUUAUGAGCAAAGGAAGUCCACAUCACUGGGUAGAUUAUUUAAUGAUGGCACAAGACACAACAAUGAGUCCAAGAGACACCACCACUAGUGUUCUCUCUUCAGAUGAUGUAGCUGUUUCCAAGCUUCAUCAUCUCAUAAACGAGACACGGGAAGUACUCACAAGCACUGAGUUUACAAAUGUAGCAGAGAUCUCGCUCAAGUCUUGUACCGUAGCGUUAGUAGAGGAGAUGGAGAAGCAGACCGGUUUGGCUGCAGGGAUGCAAUUGGCGAAGCUCUUACCACAGAUUGAGAAGACUAUCCCGGAGAUUUCAGCUGUACCGGACGAGAACCGGUUCUUGCAACUCAUCAGAGACUUGCCUGAAGUUCAACUCUUUUUUACUCUUUUAUACUCAAACAUGCCACUACAAUUCACAAAAUUGCCAAAUUGAUUUUAUGUUUACGUUUCAACAAAGUAAACACAUACCGAGAAUAAUAUGUAUCAAAUCAUUUAGUUUCACCAGCUCAUUGGUAUGUCAACAACCAGACCAAACCAGAACAUAAACUACUAUUUACUUCUUCAUUGUCAACUUUGAUUCAGUUUUAAUCUUCUUUUCAUUUUAUUCAUAAAUUAAUUGCAACCCAA